CUUCAAGUACUAGAUUUCCAGGAAUAAAGAUAUAUCCUGGAUUGGGUUACGAUUUCACAGGAGUUUCUGGCCGUAACUUAGGGCUGAUUUCUAUUAAUGGAAACUAUGAAUAUUAUCCUAAUUAUGUAACAAUUAAUAGGGUAACAACAUCCGGAUUGGUUACACCUAAGAUCGUAUAUCAGGACGGUUCGUCAGACGGCGCAUUGGGCUCAUCUACAUUCUCAGUGGGAGCAUCCGGAGGCGGGCCCUGGUAUGGACCGAGGGGACUUGGUUAUGUUUCAGACCCAGGAAAUGUUAAAGAAACUGCCAAUAAUUUUGGAUGGUAUACUAUGGACUCUGUUUCACAUUAUGGAAACACACAUGAAACAAGCGGAAUUAGAUGUAUUAAAGACCCGAAUGACGCUUAUAUGCCAACUGCUUUUGACACGGAAUUCAUCAGCACACCAAAUGAAGAAUAUCCAUUAGCAACUUUGAAAAACUGGACGAAAGAUCCGAACAGCUAUGUAGAAUAUACUAACAGCUCAGUGACAACAGCGUAUCCGGCAGAUAAAGACCGCGUUAUAGAAAUUCCGUUGCGCAAAGCGUAUGCAAUGUAUAAGUUACAUUUAAGCACAACAGAUGAAUAUCCGCAGGGAAGUGUCAAGUCGAGCUCUGUAGUAUGGACUACCAAUACAGGUUUGAUCCAGAACAUGGAAAUAAUCGAUGGAACUAAGGAAACGGCUAAACUUCGAGUUACUUUAAAUGAAAAUCAACACGGUAAUGCUGUGGUAGCUUUCCAUUUAGGAAACUCCGGCCAGUGGGCAAACGGCAAAAUGCAAGAUCCUAUUAUUUGGAGCUGGCAGAUCUGGGCUCCUGAAACACUUGUAGGAUCACUAGAUUAUGAAACUGAAACCUUAGCAAACGGAGGCAUUAUAAAUGUUGCCAAUUCAGCAUUUGUGAAUCCUGUGAAAAGUAUUGGAGUUCCGUUGAAGACUACUUUUAUGGACAGAGACUUAGGAGCUUUAAUGAUGUUCCCGGAAGAAGCUUCUGGAGGUGGUGCAGCCCAUAUUUACAGCUUCAUUCCUCAAAUCAGUAAAAGUGGAGGCCUGCAUUUCCAAUGGGGAAGAAAGGAUCCUCUGCCUGUUUUCUUCAAUGCUGGAGGCAAUUAUAAUUUUGGAACAGCAGUAGGCAGCCAAGGAAGCAUUUAUCAAAACUUGAACAGAUAUACAAUCCGUAUGCAAAGCGGGCCGAUCAGUAAUGGGAUAAUUCCUUAUUCAGGAGCUAUCGACAACACUAAUUAUAUAGCCAAUUACUCUAAAGAAUUUUCAACAGAUUAUUCUUCAGUGUUUUCGUCUACAGACCCUAAGAAGGAUAAAAUUAUGAAAGUACUGAUGUAUUCUGUAAACAAUCC